AUGGCUGCUUCUUCUUCUUCUUUCACUUUUUCUCAUCACGCUACACUUCACUCUCUCCCUCACAGAAACACCCUUCUCACCAAAACCCAAUUUUCAGUUCCCACAAAAUCAUCAGAAUCUAACUUCUUUGGCUUCAGACUCUCUCACUCUUCGUCCAUAUCUCCCCUCUCUUCCUAUUCUCUUAAAAGCUCAAUCUUUUCCAAGGCUAAUAAGGGCCAGGCUGCACCAGACUUCACAUUAAAGGAUCAGAACGGAAAGCCUGUGACCCUGAAGAAGUAUAAAGGGAAGCCUGUUGUUGUGUAUUUCUACCCUGCAGAUGAAACCCCUGGCUGCACCAAGCAGGCUUGUGCAUUCAGAGACUCUUACGAGAAAUUCAAAAAAGCGGGCGCAGAGGUCAUUGGCAUAAGUGGUGAUGACUCUGCUUCUCACAAGGCGUUUGCAAGCAAAUACAAACUACCGUACACAUUGUUGAGCGACGAAGGGAAUAAGGUGAGGAAAGAUUGGGGAGUGCCAGGAGACCUGUUUGGGGCGUUGCCGGGGAGACAGACGUACGUUCUUGACAAAAACGGUAUCGUUCAGCUCAUCUACAACAACCAGUUCCAGCCUGAGAAACACAUUGAUGAAACCUUGAAGUUCCUUAAAGCUGCUUGA